CACCCUUAACUUAAGCCGGUAUUGCUGAGGGAAGAUCAGCUUUGUUCAUUAGGAAUGAGGACAACUCUGAAAGUAAUGGUCAUCGCACAACAAGACAUGGAUUGCUGUCUCAAAGUACUCUCACUACUGAUUCGUUUGCAUCACCAUCAAUGGAACAUACUGUCCAUAACAUACUACAAUGGCUUCAGGGAAAAUACACUCAGAAUAACAGGAUAGCUCGCCAACAGUAUCCAUCACGGCAAUAUUUGCCAUCUCUAUCAGAAGCCGAAAUAUCAUCAACCCAAAUGCCUCGACCAUUCCAGACUCCCCAACCUCCCAUCUAUCAGGAGCAGUCCACGCCAAAUCAAGGUGAAGAGCAGUAUCAGACUGGCAGACAGGGAUUGGCGGUAGAGGAGGAGAAAUCAGGAUAUCCUUAUCAACAACAGCCAACUCCAGAAUUCAAUAUUCCAACCAGAACAGACCAACCCCCUCAGUCUUCACCUUAUCCUAAAGUAUACCAUACACAAGGUUAUCCAACUAUUGACACACCGACUUCAACAUUGGCUGCACAGACACCUAAAACAGUAGCUGGGUUACCAUCAGUUGAUGAUGGCUUCCUCCAAUCAGACAGGUCGACAACUUCAGCACCACCAUAUGAUGCAGGCCAAUCGGUGACAACUACUGGCAAUGAAAUCGACUCUGACGCAUCACAAUCACAUCCUCCACACAUCCACGACAUUCGUGUUGAAUGCAGCAAAGACAGUAUGACAAUACAAAUUGAAUUCAAUCGUAGGUUUGACGGUGUUAUAUAUUCGAAAGGUUAUUACAACACACCAGCUUGCAGGCAUGUCAGUCCAGAUUCCGGACAGACAAAAUACAAUUUCACAGUCAUGUUGAAUUCUUGUGGAACACAGUUUGUGGAUGAGUUUAGUCAGGGAAAACAAGCUUAUUUGGAGAAUGUGUUGGUGCUUCAGAAUGAAAUUGGUAUACAGGAAGUAUGGGACUCAGUUCGAAGUGUAAGAUGCUUAUGGGAAGGAAACCUGAACAAAGCUUUGAGUGUUGCUCUGAGUGUGGGAAUGCUGAACCAAGAAGUGGUCACUUUCAGUGGUGAUACUGCAACUGCAAGGUUGGAUAUUCAAAUGGGCCGAGGUCCAUUUGCUCCUUCAGCCAAUGGCCUUGUUAAAAUAGGAGAGCCCAUGACAUUGGUUGUCACUGUUGAAGGGGAUCCCGCAUUCAACGUUCUUGUUCGGGAAUGUACUGCUAAAGAUAAUGAUCCUGAAUCUGGUAAUUUGGUUAAAUUGACCGAUGAUGAUGGCUGUAUUCUGAAACCAAAAUUGAUGGGUGCAUUUCAAACGGCUAGGAAUCCAGAUACAAACUUAGUCAUUGCAUAUGCUUUCUUCAAUGCAUUCAAAUUUCCUGACAUAAUGGAUCUCACAAUUGAGUGUAAUAUAGAACUUUGCAAGACUGAAUGCAAGCCUUGCUCAAUUGCUGACCAGGGAACAGAACCAGGAAGAAGGAGAAGGAGAGAUGCAGAUCAAAAUUCUGUAACAUAUGAUCUUAGUAAUAAUUUAAAAUUAAUGUUAAGUGGAUAUCCAGUAAUAUUCAGUCAUCAUCCUUCAAACGAAACAAAACUCGGUCAGAACAUCGUUGCAUCAGUGAACAAACUUACACCUAAAAGUGAGAUUCAUUAUCGGUUGCUGAAUAGCAAUGAUGAAUUGCUUUCAAAGGAUUUCAUCAAUUUUGAUCCUAUAGUUGUGAAUAGACAGUUCAUGGUUUAUGCUCCAGGAGAUAUACUGACUUCUGAGCACGUCCGUCAAGUUACUUCAAUGCGAGUACAAAGUGAUACUAACGAAAAAAUUACAAUUUGUCUGACACCAUUGUCAUAUUUCUCCGUUGCAGUUGCUCUCAUCACAACUUUGGCACUUAGUUGUGGGUCAUGCAUCAUGCUUUGGCAAAGAAAAAGGGCGAAGACAGUUUUUUGAAAAUUAUCUCUACUGAUAGUUGUUACUUAAAUACACUACACUGAAUUUAUAGAAAGCUUUGAAAUAUCUUAAAGCUUCUUACAUAAUAUAUAUCAAAGACAAAUGUAGUAUUCCAGUAAUUUGAAUUCAAUACACAACACUAAAUUUAUAGAAAGUUUCGAAAUAUCUUAAAACUUCUUACAUAAUAUCUACCAAAUACAAGUGUAGUAUUCCAGUAAUUGGAAUUCAAUCAACAAAGCUAAUAUUAUGAAAAAUAUAAACAACAACGAAUGAAAUUCCAUGAAUUUCAAUGACUAAAGGCAAGACAGUAAUGCAAUAAGAGCGAUAUUGGGUAUUGAUAAUAAAUUCCCCAAAUUGGUAGAAUGCAUAAUGCCGCUAAUAAAAUAUUAUUGAAUUGAUAAUGUUCACUAUAUAUUCAAUAUUGGAGGCACAAAUUAUAAGAAAAUCACUUCAAGUAGCUCCUCUUAUUCUUGUCUUAAGCCCUUAUUCACUUUCCAUAUAGUCAAUAACAGUGAAUCUACUAAAAAGACUAACUUCAUUUUCGUUUGUGAUGUAGGCCUACAUACUUCCUAAACACGUCAUGAACAGUCUUGAAAAUAAAGAUACGGUAUUUUACAAGAAUAAAUUCGAAUAACCUGCAUAUUCAGUUGAUAGGAUCAUACUGUAUCAAUGCUUAGGAUAUCACUUCCAAAUAGUCCAAUUUUCCAAAUGGUAGUGCAAAUAUUCCAACUUUAUCCCGAAAGAUGCCAGAUGACGUAGUUAAUUAAGGGCACUAAUUAUUCCCUGGAGCAGGAAAUGAACUAGUGAGAUUUACUUGAAACUGUCAUCACUCCUCAUAUAUAUUGUACCGAUUUUUAUAUAAAUAAGACCAACACUCCCUAUUCGACCAGUAUGACAGUUUGAAGUGAAUUUCACUAUAGUCCUGUGCUUCCUAUAGGCCUACAUUAAUUUCCCUUCACCCAAAUUUAUAAUAAUGUAUCAUUGAACUUCUUCAGUACAAUUUUUUCCUCCAGAAGGCUCAAAAAGCUUACUUCAACAUUAAUCAGGCUUUCCAUCUGCAAUCGUAGACACUCACACUUUGGAAUUUCUUGGAGAGUAAAGUAAGGAGGGAGGAGGAUGGAAAAAAGUAGUACUUGAGUAUUUUGUUGCAGAGAGUAAGAUACAACUUAAGAUAGUUGAAGGGGAAAAUAAUAUGAUUGGCAACUCUCAUGAAAGUACACACAAAUGUGAACAAAUGUGUGAGUUAUGUCAUAUUCAGAGUAAGGGAUUAUUGAUUUAUAAACAAAUUAAUUCAUACAAUGAAAAAAUUGAAUUGAAUUGACAAUUUUUAUUCAAUCAAAAUUGUACAUAAUGAUAACAUUUCAACAGGUUUAACCAAGCAUAAUGCUUGCAGCACAAACAUAAGAAUGUUUGAAUUAAAUAUUAGAACUAAAGACAUCAUAGCAUCUAGACUAAAAUAAUACGAUCAUAUAAUAUUUAUGGAGUAGUAGUGAAUUGUGUUGUUUUCUAUAAGAAAUUAUACAAAUUGAUAUAUCCUAGAACUUGAGAUGAACUUUUCAUCUUGAUAUACCUUGAAGAAAUUGUUAUAAGCUAUAGAAUUCAUUGCAGAUGCUAAUUGUUUUUCAAGUCAGAAUGAGGUGGAGUACACUGAUCAUAUUCAUGAGCAGGCUUCAUUAUUGACAAUGUCAUAAAUGGACAUGAAUUUUUUUUCAAAUGUUGAAAAUUUCGUGAAUUGUAACUGGAAUAUGAUGGGCGAUAAUAUAAUUUAAUAAUGAUUAUAAUUUAGUGAUAAAUAUACUAGUAUAGUUAUCAAUAUUAAUGAAUAUUAUGAAUCCUCAAGAGGAGAAGGCAUCCAAAUUUAUCGCUCUAGUUCAUUAUCGCAAAUAUGUAACAAACAUAUUAGUUGUAAAGUAUGUAUUUGAAAAAUGAGUUUCUUGUCCCAGAGUCAGAAAUUGUAUUGGUAUUGAUAUAGCACCCGAAUAACUUAUAAUGAGUAAGUGAUGAUUCAACUCCUCAUAUUCAUGCAAUAAUAAAACAAUUGUUUCUUAAUAUUGGUUUCAAGUUUCUACUGAUUCUGUACGAAAUUGACACCAUAAGAUAAUUUUAUUUAUUGUUUAGUUUAUUUCUUAUUUGAAUUUUGAAAUAAAACUGCUAGUAAUUGUGGGUAAAUGCAUUUUUCAGUAAUAGAUUAUUGUACCGCUUUAUUUUCUAAAAAAUGAAAACUUGUUCCAAGUGUUGAUAUUGAAGUAACAAAUGCAACUAAUAAAACACUUCAUAGAAUUUCAAAUUGUUAAUC